AUGCAUGUAAUUCAAUCAAAUCAAGAUUCUGAUAACUCUCCAAAUGAUAAGGAAGAUUGGAUAGCAUUAGGUGGGCACUCUUAAAGUUAAGCAAUAGUAUAAACAACUUCAAAUAAAAGAGCUUUUAUGGCUCUAUUGCAAUACAUAGCAGGCUUAAAAUGGGCAUACUAUGAUUAAUCAGAAACAUUAGCCUCAAUCGCUUCUUGUAAAUUUGCUUCUAAUGGACUUUAAGUUGUGUUUUUAACAACAAAACCGAUGCACAUUAUUGUUAUUGAAACUUUAACAGGUAGCAUAAUAAAUAUGCUUAAAACAUCAAAUAGAAAUGAAUAAACAAUCUAUGGUUUAGAAUCAAGAAUUCAAUCUAAUGCUGGUGUAUUCUUAGGGUAUCAAAGUUUUAACGGUGAGCAACCAAAAAACUGGGUGAUUAUGGAAUUUAAUUAGACUUCUGGUUAAACUUUAUGGGCAAUGUAUGUUGGAACAAUUGAUUCAGCAACUUAGCUUUAAGAACUUGCUUACACUGGGGUUUAAAAUGAUUAUGAGAGAUUAUAUUUGGUAGGUAGAAAUGGCCAAAAUUAAAAUAUGAUUGCCUCAAUAGAUUCAUCAAUUGGAAGAUCAAUCACUAAAUUUCAAAAGAUUUACACUUAAAAUUCUCCUAACUUUAGAAUUAAGCAUGUAAGUGUGAAGCAACUAACCCUAGCUAUGUGUGGUGAUGAUGGAAUUCCAGUUGGAACAGUUGAAUAUGAUAAAGUUUGGGCAUCUUUUGCUACUAUUACUAAAUCAAAUGACAAUCUAAACUACUAAAGGGAUUACUAGUUUAAUCAUCCAAAUAAUAAAUAUUGUGGUGGUGUGUUUACGGAUGCUUAGUAUCUAUAUGUCUUAGUUAUUUCAGAUAGAUAUACAGCAGGACAUUAUCAAGCUUUUAUAUAUAAAAAGGACAUUGUUUAGUUCACAGAUAAUCACUUAAAGGCCAUAGACCUUUCACCAAGUACUUCAGUUCUCUAUCCUAUUAUCAAUACAUUUCAAGUAAAAGCUGAAAAUGGUAAAAGAACAUUCUUUUUCUCAGGAUCAACAGACGCUAUAGCAAAUGUGAAUUUAAACAAAAGGACAAAUUUUGUCCAGAAGUUCACAUUCGAUGCAACAACAUAUUCUUGCAUUGCUUAGAAUAAUUAUGAUUCUUUAAUUGGCCAAUUUUUAACUAAUGAAGGAUCUACUAGUACCUUUAUAGGCUCUACUUAAGCAUUAGGCUUAUGGGUAGAUAGUUCCAGCAACAUUAUUAAUGGUGUUUCUUUUGAUAACCUUACUUAAGUAGACUAUUAAAAUUCAUUAAAGCUAGACAGAAUAAAAUAUUUCCCUAAAUCUCACGAUGCUUGCCAGAAUUUACCUAAGACUACCACAAUGAACAAAAUCCUUGAGGAUUAGACAUACUACGUUAGUUAAUCAGCUAAGUAUUAUCGAUUUGAAACGUUCAAUUAGAUUAUAGGAAAUAAAAUAUGUUCAGAUAUCACAUUCUUUUUCUUUGCAGAGCUUAAACAGGGUACAGAAUUGCCCUCAUUCAUUAAGUUUGAUGGUUCAAAUAGGAUAUUCUAAGUGUUUACAAACUUGACAUAAAAUGCAAAAAGCUACGACAUUAAAGUCACUGGGUACCCAUCUAUUGGGGAGCCCACAUCAUUUUAUUGGACUCUGAAUAUCAAACAGAACUUACCACCGAAAUUUUCUAGUACAUUAAAGAAUGCAAAACUUUACUAUUAUGAGUUAAAAAGAAUUUAAUUGCCUGAAAUUAGCUUAGUUACAGAUGCGCAGGUAUUUAUAUCAGUGACUCUUCAUGAUAAACUUUACCUACCAUAAUGGAUAGACUAUGAUCCAACUAAGAUGCAGAUAUCUUUCAAUCCAAAUAGCUCUAAGAACAUUGGCUAAUAUGAUAUUGAUGUAAUCCUGACAGAGUCUAUAUCAUUCUUAACAACUACAGUCACAUUUACUGCAUUUGUAGUUGACAAGAAUUUCAAUCUUACAGAUGCAGAUAAAUAUCAAUAUUUUGAUGUGAAACUUGAGGCUUUUAACGAUGGACUUGUCACAUUAAUGUUUAGUACCAUCUUAGUUAAUUACAAUAGUAUUAAUCUGACUUAGAGCCUGCAGUUAAGGAUAACUGGAGAUGCUGAAUUUGAAGAUGAUACGUAGAUAGAUGAUGGUGUGGCAUCACCUUAUAGCUUCACCUAUACAGUUUUAAACAUCAAUCAAACAAAUAUUGAUUUCCAGCUUUAUUUUGAUAAUCCCAGCUAAAUUGGUUUGUUCCGGAAUCCUGACUAUAUAAAUGUAAAGUUCUUAAACAAUAAGACAUUCCUUGGGGAGAAACUAGAAGUAGUUAGAAAUACGAGUUUAAAUUCUCAAGCAGUAUUGCCGAGACUCAUAAAAUAUUAAGCUAUUUCUGUUAUUAGAGGAACUAAACUAAAUCAUAUGAUCAGAUUAAUACUUUUAUUGCAAUUUAUGGAAUAUUUGCCCUUGCUUAAUUUAAAUCUACCAACAUUCUUGGUAUUUGGGUUCUCUGAUAUAUCUUAUUACUGCUUUUCUUGGACUAGACAAAGAAGCAUCUAUCGGCAUCUGUUUGAAGAUAAUGAUGGUCAAUCAUUUGGUUUUAUUUAUAGAUACAUUGGUAUAUAGAGCAAGAACUUUUUAAACAACAUUGGAGACAUUUUCCUUAUCACUAGUUUGUUGAUAUUUAUAUAUCUCAUUCUGUAUGUGAUGAGUAAAGCAUGCCAAAAUAGAAUAUCGAUUGUUAAGUAUAUUAUGAAUGCUAGAGAUUUAUACAAUCUCAAUUCUAUUAUAUUAUAUCUCGAUUUACUUUUUUUCCCGUUAAUGGUCCUCGGAUUUAAGUCUAUAAAUCUUGGAAAGUCUAAUAAGUAUCAAGGAAUUGUCUCAUUCUUCUUUGCACUAACAGUAACUGUUAUUAUGCUAUGCUUCUUUGCGCUAUGUAUAAUAUUGAUAUUCAAGAAAUUCGGUAGACUUAAUGAGGGAACUAAAAAGCAGAAAUAUGGAUCUUUAUAUUAGGAUUUAAAAACAGACUCUAAAGUUUCUGUGGUUGGUCACUAAUUUCAGUUAUUCAGGUCACUGCUACUAGCUUUGACUAUUGUGUAUUUAGAUAGCUACCCUAAGAUUCAAACAUCAGCUAUAUUUAGCUUAACAACGAUACUGCAGCUCUAUUAUUUGAUCUAUCAGCCCUAUGAAAAAGGUCUUGAUAAUAUAAUCUCCAUCAUAAAUGAAUCUACACUCCUGGUAGUAGCGAUAUUUUACUUCUUUUUCUCUGAUAUGACUUAUAAGAUUUCCCCUAAAAUGACGGCUGGUUGGUACCUUAUCUUUAGUUACACUUUUAUCAUUCUUGUGAAUGGAGGUUUCAUCAUCUACAAAAUUAUCUAUGAUUUUAGAAUAAAAAAAGGUUGGAUUAAGCAAUCCUAAAACUUAUCAGGGGAUAGUUAGACAGUUUAGAUAAAACCUGAAAAAGGUGAUGGGGUAGAUUCAUUUAAUACAAAAGAAAUUCCUAAUGAAAUCGAUGAAUCUAAAAAAUAUAAAAGACGAAGAAGCACUAAGGUUAAGAAUCAAGAUGAUAAUGUAGCAGUUUUUUAUGAUCAAAGUCCUAAUUAGAAUCAUAAAUAAGGUGCUUUGAACUAGCAGCAGUACAAGAACGUCAAAAUUAAUGAAUCAAAUAUAACAGAUAUGAGCGUUUAUAAUGACCAAAGAUAAAACUAUGUAGCCUAGGACAUUGUUUAUUAAGAUUUGGAAUUAGAUGUUGAAGGAGGAUAAAUACCACAAUUUGUACCAAAAUCAAAGUAAACUCUAGAUUCAGAUAGGAAUGUCUUCUCGACUAAUGAUGUGAUGCCAAUUACAAAGUAGUAUUUUAGAAGGAUUUUGAAUAGAAAUGAGGACAAAAUAUCUAAUGGUGAAGAUGCCUAGUCGAUGAGCAGUAAUCAAAAUUAGUAGUAGAAUAAAUAUAUAAGAGCUAAUCCGCGAACUGUUAAAAUCAAAUCUGAAUUCAAGAAAAAGGAAUACAAAGAUGACUGA